AUGGCUUCAAUGCUGUCUCUCCACCUCAUGUGUCCAGUGUGUUUGAGUGACUUCCGAGAUCCAGUAAGUUUGCCCUGUGAGCCUGCUCUCUGCCGAAAGUGUAUUACAAGUUAUUUGGAAUCAAGUGAAGGUGCUCACAAAUGCCCAGAAUGCAGACAAACCUUCACCAGACAGGAUGUUAAAGGUAACCGAGUUCUGAGAAACGUUGUGGACGUCAUACAACAGCGCAAGACAAAACAACAGACUCCAAGGAAGGCACAAGAACUGUUGUGGCCUGACCAUGAAGAGCAACUCAAACUUUUCUGUGAGAACGACCAGAGAUUGGUCAAGGAGGGAGAGAAACACAGUGGACACAGUUUCAAGCCUGUAAAAGAAGCUAUGGAGAUCAGUGAGAUUGUGGUGAGAGAGGCAAUGAGAUUUAUUUUGGAUGCCAAUAAACAAAUUGGUGACAUGAUCUUGAACCAGAUGCUUGAAAUCACAAAAUCUAAGGAAAGAGCCAAAUGUCUCAAGGAAAAGAUGCAUGCUCAGUUUAACAAAAAGCAUGACUUCUUGAGGGAAAAGGAGGAAGAAAUAUUGAGACAGCUCAAGAAAGCAGCACACAGUGCUGAGGAAUCAAUGAAGCAAAAUGCAUCAUUGUUGGCAAAGUUGCAAAUUAAUGGAAAUAAUCAGGUGUCCGUGUUGGAGUCAGGACUAACAAUAUGCCAACCUGAGAGGUUUUUUCAGUGGUGGAGUGAAGGUUUCCCUUUUGUCGAUGAAAUCACACUCAGUGAGAACACAGACUUUAUUAUUUUUUACAGAUAUAAAUCAAGGCUUGAUGGCGCUAAAGUGAUUUCUGACCACUUCACUCUUGGCCCUUAUGAAACUGGCCUGCCACUAAUUGUUUGGAGAGACAUGCUAGGCCCUGUUAAACUUGAGUUGAGCUCUAAUGAACAUCUCUCCUAUCAGAAACUGGCUAUCAGAAAAGAUAGCCAUCGGCAGUCUCAAGGGGAAGAUUGCUUUGCCAAAUUCCAAAAGUUUCACAAAGGUUAUAAGGAAAAAUUUGUGGAGAACAUACAACCGAUGUACUGGGAGGUUGACAUAGGAGUUGAACCAGGAUGGGAACGUGGACUUACAGUUAGAUAUUACCCAAAGGAGAAGAAUGGUUCUCUCUGGCAGGCAUUAUUUUCUAAAUGUUUUGAGAACAUAUCUCUUUCAGUAAAAGAUGACAAUGCUGUAAGGGGCAGUGAAUAAACCCUAAUUGUCAGCCAGAUUAUACCCAGAAGAGUUGGAGUUUAUGUAGACAGUAAAAAACGUCAUGUUGUGUUUUGCAAUGCCUGUUUUGCAAUGUCUCUCAUUCACACAGUGCGGUGUGGAGAUAAAUAG